AUAUUAUGCAGGUUAAAGGUGUAGGUUCAUAUUGAUCAACUGGCGGGGUAGCCAUAUGUUUGUUCACUCUGUGCCUAGUAAUGGCGGACCCUGUGGAGAAGGAUCCCGAGUUACUUCGGCAAAAGCGCGGGAGGUCGAUUUCCCCGAGUAACGCUGAACGCGCCCAGCGGUUCGACGCCCUAAAAGCCGCCUUCAAGUCCAGGGAUCCUGAUGCCUUAACGAAGGCACAACGGAAAGGCCAAGGUGAACGUUCACCCCGAGCCAAGUAUUUAGAUACCAUGGCCGAAGAGAGUGAAGAUGAUGGUUUACCACCUGGUGAUAAGGAAUCUGAUUCCGAAGAGGAUGAUGAGCCUGAAAUUGGUUUUGAAAUACCAGACGAGAUGAAAGGAUUCAUCGUCGAUAAGGUGGACGACGACGAGGUGUCGGAGGAAUCAGAUGCUUCCGAUGUGGAGUACGAGCCGAAUGUCUUGGAUGAUGAUGAUCUAGCGCUUAUAGCGGAAAACAUGGGUGCUAAUAGAAGUAACGAGGACGACGAGGAUAACCGGAAGCAGUUGCGUCGACUCAAGAAGGGGUCGUCGUCCACUAAGGACCAAGAGGAUUUUGAUAACUGGCUUGAAGAUGAAUAUGGCGAUCAAGGCGAUUUGGAUUUAUCGGAUAACUGGGCUACAGUUGCUGAGUGCUUCGGGGAUGUCAGUUUGGUGGUACAAAUACUGAAGAAUGAACGCUCUAGCGUCAGUAAGGUGGAAGAGGAUGCGGGCUCAGACUAUGAGAAUGAGGACCCCGAAGUACCAUCCCAGGAAGUAACCCUGGAAAACCUGAUAGACCCCGAUGAACUUGCCAUGGAGUACAUGACAAAGGAUGAUGAGGGUAUCCGGGAGAUUGACGAGCCCGAACGGCUUUAUUUACGGUACAUUAACAGGCCAAGAAAAACUGAACCUGAAGAUUUACGUGAUGAAUCACAAUGGAUGAAGCGUAGAUUAUUGGCUGAAUUCCCGGAUGAUCUGUCUCCGGAUCGUAUUGCUGGUGCCUAUAAGGAUGCAUUCCAUGGUACCUAUCCGGUGUCCGAUAUAUCGCCAGAGGAUGAUACCAGAGAGAAGUGUGAGAUGGUGUUGCACUGGCUACUGAAUGAACGUUGGGAAGUCCCUUUUAUACUGUAUCAUAAACGACACCUAAUAUGCCCACCCUUAAGUGACGAGAUGGUGUGGCGAAUAUACCACCUUGAUGCGGAAUGGAUCAAGUUGAAAACGCUGUCGGACACCAUCAAGGACUCGAUUGACAGAAUAGGUUACGAGCUUCUGCCAAAUGAUGUCCUCUACUACUCGCUACACUUCAAUAGUAUGGAUGAUCUCAAUGACGUCAACUCACACUUGAGGUAUCACCAUCGCAAAGCCUUGUAUGUAGAGUCCGAUGAGGACGAACCUGUUGACAACACCCCCGUGCCGCAGCAUGAUGUCGAUUCCACGAAUCCAGAAGAUGAAAUAGAGGACGACAUUGAUGAAGACGAUGUAUUUGGUGACUUUACCUUUGGUACCGCCAUCCUAGAGACCAUGGACAACCCGGAGCAUCACAAGUCGCCUAAUACUGACAUUGACUCGCCACUGUCAGUUACCAAUUCGCCAUUUGAGAAUGUUGAUCUAGACGAAUCACUCGAUACCCCAAAACCACAGAUACUGCCACCGAGGUACGAUAUUGAGGAUACCCAUGAAUCGCCGAAGUCGUCCUCUGGAAGUGAUGUGGAUACCGACAUGGAUGUAGAGGCUAAUCCAGUUACUGGAAAUGAGCAUAACGAACUCAUAGAAAUGGAUGAGUCUGAAUUAAAAGACGACGAAUUGGAUGAAUACCUAGAUGACCAAAAAAUAGAUGAAGUAACUGGUGAUAUGGAGGCACUUGAAGUGCAACCAAAGAAGCAAACACGUAGUACCAAGAAGAGGUCUGUUGACAUGCAUCUAUUGGAUACAAUAGAGAAGCAUGGGUUCCACGAGCAUUGGCAGGGCUACAUACCAGAUGCACAGCAGUUUGCCAGUAUACUUGAAUCGUGUAUAGUCCUAGGGUCCCAUGAUUUGCGUGUACAACCGGAUAAAGUACGCGAGCAGUGGAAUGCCAUGGGUGCUGUGGGUAUGCUAGACGCACCCUCGAUUAUAGAAGGCAGUGAGGACCAGCAGGUGGAGGAUAUGUGUGCCCAGUAUUGCAAACCGCCGUACAACGGUGGUAAACGGCUGUAUAUCGCACUGGUUAACUACCACACCAAGCUACUGGCUAAUAACAUAACAGUCCGCAGGCUUCUGCGGGAGUACUAUCGGAAAUACUGCUGCAUCACCUCGACGACAACACCGAAAGGUGAAGCUGACGUCGAUGUAGCGGAUCCUACGUGGAUACACCGUAGGCUCUAUCGGUUCCCGUUACGCGAAUUGAUGACAUACCGCCAGGUGCACUAUGCAUACCCAAAGGAUGGCGGCAGUCGAGAUGACCGCCGCCAGUUUCUUGACGAACGACGUAAAGACACUGAGCUGCCCGAGAUGUAUCUACGAUUAAUGCAGCUAGAGAAGGAGGGUGUGAUUAAAUGCACUAUACAUCCGUUAUGCGCAAAUGAGGUGCCACCAUGGCAAGCUGAUGAUUUUUCAGAUAGGUUUGCAGAUUGGUACGAGCGGUAUAAAGUGGUUACCUACAGCGGUAACCCAAUGGUCAAUGAAAGCUAUAGAGCACGCAUGGGCGAGCAGAAGUCGAUACUGGAAAAAGAAGAAAUGCUACUUAAGGACUCCGAGGAACGUGAUAAGCACUGGAGGCGUAAUCUAGUUGACCAACUUGCAAUCGCAUACUGCCCUAGUAAUGUACCAACAUAUAGUAUAUGGAGACAUAUACAGAGGGAUAUACUAGGGAGGCUCCUGAACGUGGAGCUAAUACCCAAAUUUAGAAUGGAAAUUCGUGAUGAGCUCCAGCGAAAUGCACAAACAUGGGUACUGUUGCACAGCCAGCGUAUGCUGCAGUAUAAAUUAGAUAUUGCCCCUGGCAAUAGAGAUAAUAUAUUGACCAUGGCCGUGGAAGAACCUGGUAACGUCGUCCACGCAGUGGUUGUCAACGAGUUUGGUGAGCACAAGGAUUACAAAAGGUUGCAUAACCUUGUUGGGAACCAGGUGUCAACGCGUAACUGCACGCCUUCUAAUCCGCUAUUUAAAGAGAUCAUGGUUGAUAUAGAUCUCGUUAUUGACUUGAUCAAUACGUACCGAGUAUCUGAGGCGCUAAUUGGCAUGGCAAACACGGCCGGCAUGUUACUGUACCAUAGACUGUCUGUAUACAUGUUACCACAUAUCAAUGGGACCCUGCAUCUCAAAAAGGUUGAUAUCGAGGUACCACGCCUACGGCGCGGGAUGAUAAAGGAUGGAAGUUACCUAGAUCUAUGUGUGUCCAUGGGCCGGUUCUACAUGGACCCAGUUUCGGAAACGAUUAACCUAUGGAACAACAAGGGGAAUAAUCUGUUGCUUAAACUUAGCCUACACCCACUGCAACACCUAAUCAGCCAGGAGAAGCUCCAGGAGUACUUAGAAGCCACACUGAUCCAAGUAGUAUGUGACUGCGGUGUGGAUAUUAAUCGCAUUAGGACGUCCAAACACAUGGAGGCCACUUUGCAGUUUGUUGCUGGACUCGGCCCCAGGAAGGCCAUUGAUGUCCUGCGGCAGUUGAAGAUUGCCACUAUCGGGACCAGAGGCCAGCUGCGUAGCGGUAAUGCGUCGCUACGUGGCCUGGGUGAUCUUGUAUUCUAUAAUUGCGCCUCCUUUAUACGGAUUAACCAGAAUGAAGCCAUGGAUAUAUUGGAUACAACUAGGUUGCACCCAGCAGAGUGCUACUACACAGCAGAGAAGCUCUGCACCGAUUCAGUGGAUGAUGAACUCAACGGUGAAGAGGCAAUACAGGAGAUUUUUAACCAUCCAGAUAAAUUAGAUGACCUAGAUCUCGAGGCAUAUAGUGGCCUUCUACUAGAGAAGCGUAAUAUGCCACGCAUGCUGCCGUAUCUGCUAUUCGUUAAGCGCGAGCUGCAGGCGCCGUUCCGGGAUUAUAGAGCUACGCUACAGGAUCUCAAGAGGGACCAGGAGUUUUGCCUGGCACUGCAGAUUGAGCCCAGGCUACUCCGUAAGGGCUCACAUGUGAUGUGCCGCCUGGAUGAGGUGUUCGAAACGAGUAUACGCGCAACAGUGCUGCCAUUUGACCUCAAGGCCACCGUGGCGGACUACCGCAGCUUCAGUGAUGAUGUGUAUCGCAUGUCAAAGGACCAAAAUCGCAGUAUACAGCUACGGGGUACCACUAUUAGCGCACGUGUAGUGGCAGUGGAUUACCAUCCCAAUUAUGACCAUGGGCAUUGCAGGUACAGUGUGGAGGUAGUACUAACGGGGCAGCAGAGGAGGUAUCUCCUACUGGAUCUGUUUGACGAUAUUAAACAGGAACUUGGUAUUAAAGAGGAUUAUUUAUCGCCCCUGGUCCAGUUUGAUGUGAAUCACUCCAAGAAGCCUAUGCUGAAUGAGUAUACCGAGAAACAUAAAAUACACUACAGACGUGUUAUUAGGCACCCAAGCUACCGCAUGUGGCCGUUAAACAAGAUUGUGGCGUUCCUGAAGCAGCCUGAAAUAGCGAUUGGGGAGUGCUGUAUAUGCCCUAUGAGUGAAUGGGAUCGACUGAACCUAGUUAUUAAAACGUGCGCGGACCCCUUUAACUGCGCAACAUUCGUUAUAUACGAGCGGAACCAGCGUGUACCCGGGGAACUAGGGAAAGAAUUGAUCCUACUUAACCAGAAGUACGGCUCAAUCGAUCAAAUCAUAGCGCAAUUCUGCGAGACCUUGAAGCUAAAUCUAGAGGAAAUAUACAUGCACCCAAAGUAUAAACAUACAACGGAUAUAGCAAAGGCGGAGCGUGAUUUAAUACAGGAAAGUGCCAUGCGCCCCGAUGGAAUUGCUUGGGCUAUACUGCCACCUAAUCCAAUGCAUCAAAAGGGAUCACAGCAAAGAUACCAUCCACUGAAGUUUACUUUACUGGUACUACCACCAGGUAUGGAGUUGAACCACAAUGGACGUAGUUUACAAGAUUCGAUUUACGUAGACCACCGUAGCUUCAAGUUAUGGACGCACCAUGAAAGGUCACUCUCAGCACUAAUCAAAUGGUGGAAACAAGUAGGAUACUGGAGUAGAAAUCGGCAGCGUGAGCUAUAUAACCAAGAAAAGGCAGCUAUGAUGCGUAAAGGACAUGGCGAUAACCAUUAUUAAGGAUGUAGUAAUAAUCUGUAUGGCAUGCUACAUGAGUAUAUAGAUCCAAGGUAGCAUAGA